AUUCUAGACAAUGAUAAACGGCUUUCGUGUAGAGAAGAAAAUAAACAAAAAUCUGUUAAACAAUUAGCCAUGAAAGACUUACGAUGUGUGUCUAAAACAGAGCAAAAAAAAUUUUUUGAUUCCUUCGAUCAGGUUUUGUGCGACGUAGAUGGUGUUUUAUGGCAUUUUCCGGAAAAAAUUCCCGGAGCUGAUUUGGGUCUGGCUUACCUAAAAAAUCUCAAAAAGCAAAUCAUUUUUGUCUCAAAUAAAACAACAAAAUCGCAAAAUGAGGUUUAUAAAAAUUUGAAAUCGUUCGGAUUUGAUUUGAAUCAACAAGACUUAAUUAUGCCCCAACUAGCCGUUAUCUGGUAUCUUGAAAAAAUUAAUUUUAACAAAAAAAUAUUUCUGCUUGGAAUGACAAGUCUGAAAGUAGAACUGGAAGAUGCUGGCUUUGAAAUUGUCAAAUCCGAGCCUGGGGUAAUUCCAGAAUCUGUUUCAAAAUUUUUCGACUUUUCACUGGUCGACGAUUGUAACAUCGGUGCCGUUGUUUGUGACACUGAUGUGAAUUUGAAUUACUUGCAAUUACAGAAAGCAGGGACGUACUUAAAACGAUCGGACACGCUUUUUAUUACGACCAACGGAAGUAGAAAUCUAUAUUCUGGCACGGAACGUGUCUUAUUCGGUCCUGGAUACUUCGAUGAGAUUUUGGAGAAUUUCACGGGACGGAAAGCGUUGCGAUUGGCUAAACCCAGUCUUCAAUAUAACGAGUUUAUCAAGGAAAAGUUUCAGUUAAGGAACACUUCAAGAGUUUUAUUUAUUGGCGACUCGAUUGAGGAUGAUAUGGCUUUUGCGAGUAAUUGUGGUUAUAAAAAACUACUAGUUUUGAGCGGAAAUACUCAUAAAAACCAGUUACUGAAUUGGAAGUUUCCGGAUAAAUCUGGAAUGGACUAUUAUGUGGAUAGCCUAAAAGUCGUCCACGACAUUUUGAGUGCAAUUUAUUAGUACACUAUUUCAAAUAAAAACAAAAAUGAACUGA